AUGGGAUCUAAUAAGUUGACAACUAUUGAUGAAACUCAAUGUUCAUCGUCAUCUCAAUCACCUGAAAAUUCAUUUUUACAACUAAGUCCAACUAAACCAACAAUUACAAAAAUAUACUCGAAUAAAGGAAAAUUUAUGCGAUAUACAAACCGAAGUUGUAACGUAAUUUUACAUACAAAUUCUGAUGAUACAUUUAUAAGAUUUUCUGGAACAGUUACUGUUCAUAACCUAAUUUUUCAAAUUAAUAGCGGAAUGGAACCUCGUGCAAAGCGACCCGAGUCAAAAAUUGCAGAACAACAUAUGAAAGAAUUAUAUGAACGAUUCGACAACAAACAAAUUGAUCCACAAGAAUUAUUAAAAGAACUUUAUCUUUUGUCGCAAAUGGAAAAUAAAUUAGAAUUUUAUUCGCUUUUAAUUGAUUAUAUGGCAUGA